UAGAGAGAGAGAGAGAAUCCCCCAAAACGCAAAGAGGAAAUUUAAUCUUUGUUGUUGUUAAUGGCGACUGGUUGGGUCAAAUCAUUACAAUGCAAAUUGAGAGCCUUCGAAGACAGCGUUCAGAACCUCAAGGACGUCGCCGACACCACCAAGAAGAGGCCCAGGAAAUCAAACCCACCAUUGCCCAACUUUCCAUCCAGUCUCAGACAUUUAGGAGGACCUAGUAAAGCUGAAUCUAGUUCAAACCCAUCGAACCAGGUUCGACGCAGUGUCUUCGCUCGUCCUGCCCGAACACCGGAACCCUUUUUUCCGUCGCUGACCGAGCUGCCUGAGGGACACCCAUCUCACAAUGUUGUGGAGAUAAUCUUCCACACGAGCUGGUCGCCUAAGAUAUUUUCCGGUCAGAUCGAUAUAGAGAGAUGGUGA